AUGCAGGACUUUUAUCGAAUCAAUGUCCCCCGGCUGGGCUUCUCCCACCCAUUCGUCCUACAUGCUCUCAUGGCCUUCUCCGCUCGGCAUCUUGCUCAGUUCCGAGCGUCAAAGCGCACCUACUACAUUGCCAAAGCCGACCACCAUUGGGAAAUCGGCCUGCGCAGCGCCAGCGCCCUCGUUCCCGCCGUCGACGAUGCCAACGCGCCGGCCCUUUACAUCUUUGCUAUCUUCUCCUGCUUCUACACGCUCGCCAAGGGACCCAAACCGCGUGACUUCCUCGUAUUCAGCGACGAAGGACUGGCCGAAUGGCUCAUCCUCCUCCGCGGCGUGCGCGCCAUCAUGGAGACGACCGGAGACAGCAUCCGCCACAGCGCCCUCUCCCCGCUCUUCACCACCGCCAGCGCGCGCGUGCAAAAGUUCUACGCCCACGACCCGGCGUCCGGAGACGAGCACCCCCGCGUCGCCGAGCUGCGCGAGCUCGUCGCCGACGUCGCCGGCGACAGCCCCAACCUGCCCACCUACCUCGCCGCCAUCGACGACGUCUCGCGCUGCUUCGCGUGCGUUUUCGACGACUCGUCCUCGUCGGCCUCCUCCCAGACCGUCUUCAUUUGGAUGUAUCGCGUCUCGGACGACUUCGUGCUCUGCCUGCAGCAACGGCAGCCUGUUGCUCUGACCGUCUUCGCCUACUUCGUCGUGCUGCUGAAUGAGCUCGGUAACAGCUGGUGGAUGCAAGGCUGGGUCUACCACCUCCUCGCCGGCAUCCAUGACGCCCUGGACGAGGGGAGCAAGUCGUGGAUCAGGUGGCCGAUGGAAAGGUUGGGAUGGAUACCCGACUUGUGA